AUGAAUUUUUGGCCGUUACUUUUUUUCUUUGAUCUAUCUAUCUAUCUAUCUAUUUAUAUAUCUAUCUACGAGCCAAGCUUGCUAACCAUUACACCGUCUCUAGGUGCCCCAUCCAUCCAUCCAUCCAUCCAUCUAUCUAUCUAUCUAUCUAUCUCUUCAUAUCUUCCUAGCAAUUUAUCUCAAUCUAUCUAUCUAUCUAUCUAUCUAUCUAUCUAUCUAUCUAUCUAUCUAUCUAUCUAUCUAUAUAUCCAAAAUCUAUCUAUCUAUCUAUCUAUCUAUGUAUCUAUCUAUCUAUCUAUCUAUCUAUCUAUCAAGGAUGUAGCCAGUUUCUGUAAUUGGUCUUCGCAAAAGCAAAAGCAGUUAAAUAAAAAUGUCUUUAUCUCUUUAAUGUCUUUAUCUUCAUUUCUUUUUCCUUUCAUUUAUAACUUAAUCUCUCCAUCCACAAUUUUUAAUUUUUCACUUUUCUUUCUUUCUUUCUUUCUUUCUUUCUUUCUUUCUUUCUUUCUUUCGUCUUAUCCCUCUCUCUCUCCACACCAAUUUUGUUCAUAUGCCAUUUUACUUUCUCCAGAAAUACCUAAUCUAAUAUCAUUCUUCACGUUCAAAUAA